GUAAACAAGUAGCUAAGUUAGCAAGAGUAAAGCAAACGUUACAGCAACACAAAGUCUGUACACAUGAUGUUAUUUGUCUGUCGAGCUUCUUGUUGUCAUUAAUAUGUCGAGCAGGGAUCCUUUCCCCUCCCCGAGGUUUGAAGACGGCUUCACUCUCAGCGGCUUCAGGCCGCAGCAGAGGAAAACCUAUGAUAAGCCGACCCACAUGGCCCAGACUGAGGAGCCCUGGAGUCGCCUGCAUGAUGCAGCCACUGUGUCCAGCAGCCGGCGGAGUGUUCAGUAUUAUGAGCAUCGGGCUCCACACGACAGCCUGGACUUAAAGCUGAAGGCCGUCUACGAUCAACACAAGGACUUCUUGUGGAGCAAGAAUCAGGUUUUAUACCAGAGGGAGACCGUCUCUGAGGACAACAGGAGGACACAGCGAAGCUUAGAGGAGCAGGAGGUGCUGGAAAAUGAAUGCGAAAAGGACAUCAGGGUUUGGGUCGACCCACAGAAACGCUCAAUCUACUGUAUUAAGUGAAGCACAGGCCUUUUCAAACAAGAGCCACUGCAGGGAGACUGAUGGCAGUUUCUGGUAUCAUCAUCUCUGACUACUGCUCACUUCAGAGACCUGUAAAUAAAGGAGUUCUCUCAA